AGCUGCAAAAUGCAGCGAAUGGGGAUUUGGGAAAUAUGGGCUAAAUCCAAUCUAAAAGCACGAACGCUCCUCUGCUCUGGAGAAACUGCGCCUUCAGAAUAAAAUAUUGCAGACUAAUUUGUUCACACAUAACAUCCUUGCACGAAUGAGAAACAUGAUUUAAUUUGUAAAAGCUGGAUGAGCAGGCAUCAGCCCAACAACCCAUUAAACAAUACAAACGCUGCUAUGUGAUAGCGGGUUCAUUAUCCCCUGCAGUGACUAAAAACAGCCACCAGGAGGCGCCUCGGUGAUGUGUCGGUCAGACCGACGAGAUAGAGUGAAAAAAAAGAGGCUUCUUUUCUUUAUAUCAGUUUUAUUUAUAAUGCAAUCAAAGGAGAAAACCGGAGACAAUUUACUAAAACAUGGAGAAAAAUAAUCUCCACUUGUUCUCCAUAUGAAUAUCUAGAUACUCGUUUUAUUUUCUCUGCUGAUUAGUUAGUUAUGAUUACAUAUUUGUAUAAUCUCUGUAAUAAUAAAUUAGGUGUGAGUGCUGAGCAGUGAAUUGUUCUUGCUUUGCCAAAAAGAGGUAUGUGAGUAUUUGACAGCCUGAAGCUUAACUAUUUUUGGACUGAUUCAGGAUCAGUCAUACCAUGUGGCAAUGAUGUAUUCAAGUCUACUAUAAAGCAGUGAUUCUCAAAGCGGGGUCAGGGGUCAGUGGCACUGUCAGGAGGUCAGCACAAUGAUUUGUGAUCAAUGAAAACACUGAGCUGUAUUAUUCUAAUUCAAAUAUACAACAAAUUAAGUAUAUUGUGUCGAUUUCUCCCACGUUAGUUUAGGGAUUGUGACACACGUCAAUAAAAGAAGCUCAUUAUUUUUAGGUGACUAACAGUCACCUUGAGAAUGAUAGAUUUUAAGUGUCUGCAUUGUUUUAGGACCUUGUCAGUAAUGCCGCUGUUCAUUUUCAAAAAAGCUUUUAAGAACAAUUGAAAAGUAUAAAUGCUUCCAGAAUCCUAAAAUAAUUUGAAUUCAAUGACCCUCUGUUUAAAAGUAUAUAAUAGGUAUUAGUAUUAUUGUAAUUUAAAUGUGUUUCUGUUCACCCCUAUGAAACAGGUCUGGAGUAUUUAGGUUGAAAAGUUUCAUGAUACAAACUGUUCCAAUGGCGUCUAAUUCAAAUGCACUGGAUUUUAUCUUCGUCACAUGAUUACAAUGCUGUACUUCUAAGUUUCAAAAUAAAUAGUCAAUAAUAUCCUUUUGGUACAGAAGCAGACACUCGAAGGCAUUUUAAUAGAAACAAAUAGCAUAACACAUGUAAAUAAACGUUGUAGAAAUGUGUUUGUAUGCAUGAGAAUUAUGAAUACAUUCUGGAACAGCUGCAUUUAAGAAAUUCUCUCUCAUAACUGUCUGAAAUAUUCUGAAAUAAUCAGAAAUCCUGUCUCUUUCCAAUCAUUCCUUUUCCCUCAGUGUGCCUAUAUAAUUAAUGUCUUGAUGGAUCAUUCUCCAUUUUACCCUUUUAGUUCAGAGUUUCGUUGCCAGUUAUUGCAGUUGCCUGUUUGAGGUUUACUCGGUCACAGAGGUGCUCUGAAUCCCAUGUUAUGGUCAGCACGCUAACAUGCCGAUGGUUCGAAGGUAUCGUGCUUAUCAUGUGAGUUUACUGAACACCAAGUGCAGCUGGGGCUGAUGGGAAUGCCAUUCGCUUCUUCAGGUAAUUGAUUGUAACAUUAAGUAUUGGAGAAAUACGUUCUCUAGAUAUAUCUCCCUCUAACCCAAGAUGUAAAUCUCGUGGUGGCACUAUAGAGCAAAGGUCAAAGGAUCACCAAAGCCCUUAGGAUUCAUCCUGCAAACGAGAGUUCAUAGAAGUCCAUCGCAUAGCUGUUGAAAGACUUCAGCUUAGACCAAAGAGGUGUUUUGAGCACAGCAGAAUAAAUACUGCUGGUAAUGCGGUGAAGCCUACUUGUCAUAUUCUUUGGCAGCUUGCCUCCUCACUGGUUUUUCUGUUGAAUACUUUGAAGAUGAUCUGCAGCUGCCCUGCUGCUGCCCCUGAGCUCCAAGGCAAAGAGUUCAUUUGUUGUCACGUGACACCGGGCAUGAACACACCUGUGUGUAUGAGAUGAGGUCUAUAAUAUGGAGGGUGUGUAAAUAUGGAGGUAAUAUACGGUGUAUUAUCUGUGUUUGCUGAGUUUACAGGCAGUGCCCCCAGGUUUAAUGACCAAUGUUAACACAGACUUAUCAGUGCAGCUUUAUCAAGUGUUCAAACACACCUUUUGUAAGCUCUCGAACAUACGCACCCCCCCCACACACACACACACACACACACACACACCCACGCUCACUGGAAUGGUGCACGGGGGCUUAUUGCUUUAUUGGAUUCAAAGUUUAAACAUGAUUGCUUCUUCAAAGGCAAAGGACACACAUAUUAUUAUUUAUCGCUGUUCGCAAUCUCAUCACUAUCACCAGUUGAAAGUACAGUGUGGUCCAUAGAAAUGCCGGUAUAGUGUCCAUUCAUACAUGCCAUCUUGGUUAUUUGAAAGCCAAUGUGCCAACAAUAAGACAUAUAGUGUCAUAAGGCAUUGUAUAGUAGACCAGCCUCCUUUCUUCCUGAUAGUUUGUCUUUCUUUAGUAUAUUUGGCCUUCGAAAUUAAAGGUUUGCCAACUGUCAUACCUCUUUAUUUUUCUACAUUCUGUAAUCUUUUUGCAUCGUAGAAAUGUUGUGCCCCAAUGAGCUGCUAUGAGAAACACCACCAGAAAAUAUGAAAAGUGAAUUCCAUUACAAUAGUUAAAUCUUAUAGAAAAUGUAAAAGUAAUGAAUGGCAAAAAGACAAAAAACAACAACAACAACGAUUUGUUUUUUCUCAAUAGAUCACAUUUCCAAGGACAUGAUUACUGCUUGAUAUCUUUUCCUGUUUGUAAGGGUUGUUCCCCUCUGACUGUGUAUAUCUGGGAUUAAAAAGUACAACAAAUACAACAGCAUGCUUUUAUUGGAAAUAAAUAAAUAAAUAAAAGACAGAAAUAAAGACAUUCAAACUAAUAAUAAUGUAUUAAGAAUGUAUAUGUAUCCUUCAUAUUAUAAUGAACUACAUUCCACACAUAUGGAUAUGGGUGGUUUGUACAGUUUCAAUACUAAAAACACCCCUGGGAAAGAUCCGGAUCACCUCUCAAAUGACUCACAUCAAAAAACAAAAAAACAAAUAGGUUCCGAAAGUUACAUAUUAUAUUUUUAGUUGAUGCAGUACAAGAUAUAAGUAUGUAAUAACAAAAUGUGCUUUUCUCGCAAAGGCCCCUAAAGCCUCUUGUGCUGGGUGUAAUCAUGGAAAAGUGACAAAUCAGUAGAAUAAUUACUCGGAAACACUGUCAAUGAUCUUUUAUGAGUGAUCCAAGUCACAUUUUACUUUUACAUAAUAUGAAUGAAAUAUGUCAUAUACUUUAAACAUACAUUUAUUAGAGCCUGAUAAAGUAACAGGCCCACACAGCUUAACCGUUUGGUCUGGAUCAAUAGGCGACACUAAACCUAACACACCCCUUGUGAAAUCCUUAUGCUGCAUUAAAGUGUGAUAUUUAAGUAUCAUACUAUAAUGCAUUUAGAUAUACAUAUAUGGGUAUGUAUGGGUAAUUACUAGGACCCCUGAAUGUAUAUCUAGAAAAUAAUGUUUAUCUCAUGUUCUAGGCAUGUUUUCCACCUGAAACACGUGACCUCUCCUCGAGUGUCCAUAACGAUUCAAAACAAAAAAACAAGCCAUGUCGAUAACGCGGUCAAUAAUGUUCAUGAGGGAGCUGAUGAGACGUUCACGGACACCCGUGGCGAGACUGUAAUGUGACCUGAACGCAGAUCCAGUCUGGAUGUUGACUCACCGACCGUCAAGUCAGACAGACAACCGGGGCGGGAGGUGACCGGGAGGCCUUCAAACUAAAAGCCGUCACGUGGGUUCCACUUAACGUUAGCUAGCUGCUAGUUUGUAAAGAUACUAGGGCUUAUUUAAACUGGCGGCUGUUUGCUAACCGGGUUUUUAAGAGAUUGUGUUUCCAGUAAAAAAAACAUGUAAAAAGUAUUGCUUUUAUUAAGUUAGCGAAAAGUGUACACAUAAUAUUCCACACAUGGAGGUGCAGCCAUGUUUCUAUAUUAGCCGUGGAGCCGUUGACAUAGAAAACAUGUGGAGCUUCUUUAACCAACUAAAAGACAACGUAGGCUACGUCCUCGCUACGCUCUCCUAUCUUCUGCCAGUGUAGAAACAUGUAUCUGACUAAACAUUUAUUUGUAUUUAUCUCGCUUAAGGCAAGACCGGAAACCGAAUUUUAUUUUUAUUUUUAAACCGCGGUUCGCUUGACAGGCUGGUCACCAGCCACAACAGCUGGCGGAGGGUUUCCGACCCCCAAGUCUCAGCGAAGAUGGUGGCGGAAGCAGCAGCAACGACGAGAGUGGAGAUGUCACGUUCGCCCCGGUAAGACACGGAGAACAACACCGCCUCACAACUCUUCGCCGUCGCUCUGUCUUUAUUUCGCCCCCUAACUCCAGCAGGGAGCGAUAUACCGGGAGGGAGGGAGGGAAGGGAGGGAAGGGAGGCAACCAGCGGCGGACGGAAGAGGACGCACCGCAGCCAGAGCGAACACAGUGUUGUGUUUGUUGGACACACGCAUGCCAGCGGAAUCUAGAGCUCCCCCAGACCUCAGGACUUUUUGAGAUAAGGAGAUGGUGCUGAUUGUGGGGCGUGUUUAAAAAAAAAAAUAAUCUCACGGAGGAGAUAGCGGAGGGGUUUCCUUCAUUACUCUGGGGAGUUUCUACGUCUUUGCUCUAGAGGUGGGGGGAAUGCGAGGGGAGGAAAUACAGCCUCAACUCCAAAUAACCAGCGACUCCUAACUGGGUCUCCUCUCCAAACGCAGGAAACACGGCCUGGGAAGAAGAAAACAAAAAAGGAAGUUUGGUAUAGCUUUUUUUUUGGAAACGAGAGGGGCCCUUACCGCUGACGUUUCUGCACGCGCUUUACGGCGUGAUUUAUAAGUGACCCACUGCGUUUGUUGGUUGUUGUAUUAAGAUAUUAAGCGCUUCUAUUAUUCCGCAGAUUGAGCGGAUGAGAAAGCACACGCUGUUCGUGUUGUUAUUGCACGAGUUUUGAUCAUCACUAUUUAUAGACCAGCCUGUUCCGCCCGAGGCUGUUCCCUCGUAGCUGUAUAUUUUGCCAACUGCGCGCAACAAGUUGCAGACACUCCCAGCAGAGGCACACCGACACUCAUUCUGGCCAGUGGAUGGUCUUUUUUUGUUUUGCGCUUCUCUUUUUCCGGAUUACGCGUCUUUGAAUAACACAAACCCCCGACCCCCUCUUUGGAAGACGGAGGGGGAAUAAACGUUGGAGAUCCGGAGUGGCAGUUCAGGAAAGGACGGGGCUGGAUCCGUGGGAAUAGGCCUGCCUGUCAGGCCUCUUAUGAUCUGAAUCUUGGACUGGACAGGGCUCAAGAAUAAACACAGUCUGGACUUUUUUUCAUGGGCCACCGGAAUAAAGAUGAAAGGAGAAUGUAUGGGAGCGAGACAUGCCAAUCCGUGGCACACUGAGCCACGAGAAAGGCUGUAGUGGAAGGUAAAGCUCACACAACUUUUUAUUUUUUCAAACCAACGUAAUAAACUGUCUUUAAGUCGGCAUUGUUUUUGUUUUUAAACAGUUACAGCAAAAGUAAACGACUUUAUGCAAAAACAUUUUUAAGUGAGGACUGUUUUAUUUUUCUGGGGAAAUAUUUUUCUUACACACAUGUAAUAGCUUCAUGCUGGAGAAUUCACACUGUCCACACCUUUUUUUAAAUUGUAUUUCAGCACUAUUAGCUGAUCACAACGACACUAUUGUGUUCGCUAUUUUAAUUUUAUUUUUUUGAAGUGGAGAAAGGACCCGUGAACGGACCAUUACCCGCGCAUGUUGUUGCGUUAAGAGGGACAGUGUAACUUUUGAACGCCAACGAGUGACAGCCUCGACCUGUAUCCGCUCUCACGACGCCGCCCUGGACCCGGACGCUGUCUCUUCCAACGCAACUACGUUAUUUCGGAAUGAAGACACAUCUGGAGAUUUCCCCUGACGCUGUCUGACUUUGUAAUGUCAGCAGUAUCGACAUAUACCGCGCGCACACACACGGAGGAGGAGGAGGUCAUUUCCAGUCGCGUGUGACGUCACGACCGACUUGAUGAAGGCGUACCGAACACGCGUCGCAUCACUAACCAGUCGUUUCCGAGAAGGAUGUUCAAUUCGGGAGGCAGAAAGAGCGAUGACAGUCUUUUAACCGCAGCUGGGGAGAAAGCCUGGCGCAGACCCAAAGCCUCUUUGGAGAAGGACACGUGUAAUGCGAGUACUGACGCAAACCCGGGCUCGGAUAAUGAACUGCUCAAGAAACUGGAACGGCGCGUCUUGUGCGAGUGAGUGUGCGAGCGAAGACGUCUGUGGCGCGCUCACCAUUCAUGCACUGUGAUCACUCCAAAAAACACCGUUUGCUCUCUCUCUCUCUCUCCCCCCCUCCUCUCCAUGCCCCCAUGUGCACACACGGUGCCCAUGCACCUCGUAUAAUUGCCUGAGGGCCACCAGCAGAUCACACUUUUAGAUUCCAGCCUCGCGUCCUCCUCGUCGUCGAUAUGGCCACUGUGCAACACCACCGGCAGCUCCUCAUGCACGGCACGGAGGCGAGCUGCGACUCCAGCGGCGGCGCGGUGACCGUGCGGAUGAGCAACAGCUCGCCGCCGCACGCGCACCAACGUGAGCCGCUGAGGUCUGCCGGCGGCGGCGGCGGAGCCAGAGGGGGCUUCAGGACUGUGAGAAAAAGGAGCCACACCCUCCACAAAUACAGCAUCUCCUCCAGUUGCAGCUCCGGGGUCUCCGCUUCGAGGGUCCGGUGGAAGGCGCCGCCGCUGUUCGAGCGCUCCGCCGCUCAGUGCUGGGACCCCAAGUUUGACUCCCCCAUCCUGGAAGACGCGUGCCAAGAGAGGUGCUUCCCUCAGACGCAGCGGCGCUUCCGCUGCGUCCUGAUCUACCUGGCCGUGGCGGCUGUGCUCUGGGGGGUGUACUUCGGGGUCAAUAGUGACCGCUGCCACCCCGUGGCCUUCCUGGUACCCACGGCCUCCUUCUUCGUCCUCCUCGUGCUCCUCUUCCUGUUCACCUUAACCCAGCUCUACACGUGGCUGUACAACCAAACCGCCUUGCUCCUGAUCGCGGUCACCUUCGCCAUCACCUUGGCUCCGCAGACACAGACUGCCGGCUACACCGAGCUGGAGUGGGCUGGCGGCGGCGGGAACGCUUCAUACCCCUCGCCGGACAACGUAGCCCCGCCUCCAACCCCCUGCAUCUCCCCCGUGGGCACCUUCUCCCUGUGCAUGGAGGUUCUGUUGUUGCUAUACAGCGUCCUCCACGUCCGCCUGUAUGCCUCCGUGAUGCUGGGGCUCCUGUAUUCGACACUAUUCGAGGCGUUAGACUGGCUGCCGUUGCUUCAAAAGGGCGCCGACGCCACUCGCUGGGGGACGGGGGGGUUGGCGGGUUCGGGUUCCAGUUGGGAAGGAGACACGUUGCGCUGGCUCGUCCCGGCCAAAGCUCUGCUCCAUUUGUGCGCCCACGUCAUCGGCAUCCACCUGUUCAUCAUGUCGGAGGUGCGUUCCCGCAGCACCUUCCUGAAAGUGGGCCAGGCGAUCAUGCACGGCAAAGACUUGGAGGUGGAGAAGGCCUUGAAAGAGCGUAUGAUCCACUCCGUCAUGCCGCGGCGAGUCGCGGACGAGCUGAUGAAACAAGGCGACGACGAGGGUCAAGGCGGCGACAACGCCGGCAAGCGUUACUCCUCCGUCUCGAUGGGCGGCGGCGCCGGAGCGUCACAAGCCCAAAGUGCCACGAGUGCCAAGAGCUUCCCAUACAACAAUCACAAGCGCAAGAAGACCUCCAUCCCCAGUGGACAGAUCAUCUUUCGGCCUUUCAAUAUGAAACGCAUGGAGCACGUCAGCAUCCUCUUCGCGGAUAUCGUGGGUUUCACCAAGAUGUCGGCCAACAAGUCGGCGCCGGCCCUGGUGGGCCUCCUCAACGAUCUGUUUGGACGCUUCGACCAUCUCUGUGAAGUCACCUGCUGUGAGAAGAUCAGCACUCUGGGGGAUUGCUACUACUGCGUGGCCGGCUGCCCGGAGCCGAGGCCGGACCACGCCUACUGCUGCGUGGAGAUGGGCCUGGGCAUGAUCCAGGCCAUCGAGCAGUUCUGCCAGGAGACGCGCGAGACCGUCAACAUGCGCGUGGGCGUCCACACGGGCACCGUCCUGUGUGGGAUCCUGGGAAUAAAGCGCUUCAAGUUCGACGUGUGGUCAAACGACGUCAAUCUGGCGAACUUGAUGGAGCAGCUGGGCGUGGCGGGCAAGGUCCACGUGUCAGAAGCUACCGCCCGGUUCCUGGAUGACCAUUACCAGAGCGAGGACGGGCAGGUGGCAGAAAGAGCCGGACAGAGCGUGGUGGAGAAGCUGAAGGGGCUGAAAACCUACCUGAUCUCAGGAAGGAAGCUGGAGCCGGAGACGCAGUGCGGCCGCUCUCAGGUGGGACUGUCAGACGGAGACGUGGCCGGGGCCGGCCUGUCCUCCUCCGGUCCUCAGCCCCGCACGCCGGACCUCGUCUCGGGGGGAGCGCGGGCCGCGGAGCCCCUGCUGUCCCACCAACGUCCAGACGGGAUCGGGCCUCCCUUUGUGCCCCGGAGUGUGAACUCGUCUUCGGGGGCGGAGCAGGGUGAAGAUGUUGCCGUGCUCAACGGCUGCCAGGAGGAGCACAAGACCAGCAGUGCCAAGUUCAUCCCAGGUCACAGUGCCAGAGCCGCCAACGGUCUCCUCAGUCCGCUGCUGGAGGACCCGGUGCGAGCCAGCCAGAGCUCCCUGUGCGACAUGCUUCAGGAGAAAGAGAAGAAUGCGAGCACCAGCACGGGAACUGGCACCAGUCUCGGCGUGGCUGGUGGCGCCGGGACAACUGGCACCGGAAUGGAUCACCCCGCACUGAUCCAGCUGCGCACCAAGAACUUCCGAGAAAAGAGUGACGCCCACUUUGUGGACGUGAUCACGGAGGACAGUCUGAUGAAGGACUACUUUUUCAAGCCACCCAUCAACAAAAUCAGCCUCAACUUCCUCGAGAGUCCUCUGGAGAAGGCGUAUCGCAGCAGCUACAAGGAGGAGGUGAAGAACCUGGUGCAAGUGCAGACAUUCGCGAGCUCCACCUUCAGCUCCUUCCUGGAUGUUCUUCUCAGCUGUUUCUUCUUCCUGGCCCUGACGCUGGCCUGUUUCCUUCCACCUCUGGUGAGCCCAGCCACCGCGGGCCCUCCGGCUCCCGCUGCCCUGGCCCUGGCUCCCCUGGCCGGCCUGUUGGAGCUGGCCUCCCUGGUGAUCUCCAUACGUAUGGCCUUCUAUCUAAAGAAGGUGAUGCACUGUACCCACUCCCUGCUCCUGGUGGUCUCUGGAUGGGUCCCCCGACAUGCUAUUGGGGCUGUGCUAGUCUCCCUUCCUGCCAUCUCCGUCUUGUCCCACCUCACCUGCAGCGUCCACUUGCCCCUCCAGGUGACCAUGUUCCUGUGCUGCGCCACCAUCCUGGCCAUCAUCCAGUUCUGUAACUUCUGUCAGCUGAGCUUCUGGAUGCGCUCAGUCCUGGCCACCGUUACAGGGGUCGCCCUGCUGCUGCUGCUGUACAGCCCCCUGCACAGAUCCGGUAAUAACAGCUUGCCAGUUCAUGGGCUGAACAUCUCCACAUUCAGUGACGGUGACUCAGCAUCGGUCACCCCUGAACCUCCUCCCCCGCGACCUCUUGACCUUCUGGUCCCGGAGGUUGUCCUGGCCUUCUUCCUGCUUCUCCUCCUGGUCUGGUUCCUGAACCGUGAGUUCGAGGUCAGCUACCGUCUCCAUUACCAUGGCAACGUGGAGGCUGACAAACACCGCUUCAAGAUCCAGACGAUGCGAGACCAGGCCGAGUGGUUACUGGGCAACAUCAUCCCCAUCCAUGUCGCCGACCAGCUCAAGGUGACCCAGAGCUACUCCAAGAACCACGACAGCGUGGGCGUGAUCUUCGCCAGCAUUGUAAACUUCAGUGAGUUCUACGAAGAGAGCUACGAGGGCGGGAAAGAGUGCUACCGCGUUCUCAACGAGCUCAUCGGAGACUUUGACGAGCUCCUCCGCAGACCCGAGUUCAAAAGCGUGGAAAAGAUCAAGACAAUCGGCGCCACCUACAUGGCUGCGUCCGGACUGAAUGUCCAGCAGUUGGCCGAGAACGACGACGACGACUCCCCGCACGCUCACCUGAGGGCCCUCUUCAACUUUGCCCUGGAGAUGAUGGGCGUCCUGGACGACUUCAACAAGAACAUGCUGGGCUUUGGGUUCAAGCUCCGCAUUGGGUUCAACCACGGGUCGCUGAUGGCGGGCGUGAUCGGCACCACGAAACUGCUCUAUGACAUCUGGGGGGACACGGUGAACAUUGCCAGCCGCAUGGACUCCACCGGGCUGGAGUGUCGCGUGCAGGUGAGCGAGGAGAGCCACGCCAAGCUCAGUGCCAUGGGCUUAGAGUUUGACUAUAGAGGUACCGUUAAUGUUAAGGGCAAAGGUCAAAUGAGGACCUUUCUGUACCCCAAAAGUGGGGAAAGUAUAUACAACGAUCAAACGGAGCUGGCCGCCAGCCUCGGAGACUCCUCCACGGCACCGGCGGUCAACGCGACGACGGGAUCUGUCGCCCGGGCGGCGCCUCUUCCUCCCUCUUCUUCCUCCCAUCUCUCCACACUCACUCCUCAACCACAGAGUGCCGUCGGGCCUUCAAGAGCAGGGCCCGAGCCCAUCCACGCAAAGUCCACAGAGGUGAGGGAGGAGGGAUACAGGGACCCUCCGCACCUCCCCGGGCCGUCCCCCGCCACAGACCUUGGGCUCCCCCCCCACUCUGAACUGGGCCCGGAGCCCAGUGCUGCACCAGAGGCCUCCCAGGUGCAGCCGGCUCCUCUCGCACCGCAAGAGGACGAGGAAGUGGCUCGUCUCUGAUCCCUCCUCUCCUCUUCCUGUGGCUUCUGCCCCCCCCCGGCGGCCCCCGGCUGCUGUCUGACUCUCCGGCAGCGAUCGCAGCAGCGGGCGGGACGUCCCUUUCUUGAGGGGCAGUUGAAGUGUCGUCAGCGCAGAUGAUGCAGAGGGAGUCUGUCACUCUGGUCACCAACAGUGGCUAUAGGAUAAUCAGUGCUGGGGGGGGGGGGGGGGGUUAGACCUGUGUUGAGCACAGCAGUAGAUUAGGGGGAUAGGCGGGAAAGGGUUCAGAGGGAAGACUGUUGGUUUUUGUUCUUGGUGUUUUUUUUCUUAUUCAUUUUUGUAAUUAAGUGCCUUCAGGACUAGAACAGCGAAUGAACAAAUAUAAAUUACUGAACAAAGUUUUAACAGUUUUAAGAAAAGGAAAAUGCUGUGGUUUCUUACUCCAUGCUUUUGUUUUCAAUGCAAGUAUUUCUUUAAAAAUUAUAUAUAUAUAUUGUUUUGUUUUAACUUGAUCAAAGUCUUGACCUUACUUAAGGGACAGUUAUUUUAGAUGCUACAUAAGGGCCAGUGCAGCGUGAUGGGCUGAGCAGGGGAUUAUGGGAAGAAUGAUGCAAUCACAUGAAGCAGUGUUAAUAUAUGUAUUCAGCUUGAACUUGAGGGCUUAAUACAGUAUUAAUUUGUGCUCGAGUCUCAUUAAAAGCGACGCGCUUCAAGGCACGCUGCAUAGAUAUUAGUUUGUGUAGUAGCUAAAUGCACAUUUUAAGCACAGGUCUUGCACAUUGUUUUCUCGACCACUUGUAUUUGGAAGUUAUCACCGUGAAGGGCUAUUCAAACGGCGGCCGAUGUCUAAAGUUAUGGUUCUGUCACGAGUACAAUCCCACGCACACAACGACAAAUCGCUUAAGGGAUUUUAGAUUUUGGAAGAAAGGGUUUUUAAAAAAAGGGAGAGCAUCAUAAAAGCAGGAAGGCACUUUAAAUAUAGUUAAAGUGAAACUCUAUACAGGAGACCAGCAGGGUGCUGCUGGGACCUGUAGUUUUUAGAACAUGUUUCUCAAACAGGAAUAAGUGCCUAGUCUGUUGGGGACGGUAUUCAGUGGCUCGUGUGGUGGUGAAGUCAAUAUUUUCAGCAGCAGGACGGUGUACUGCGGGGUCGGCUCAAAAUGAAACUACAGAGCUCAUCUUUGUUGUAUUGAAAGAAAAUGUCACCCAGUGCUCAUUGAUAUGUUUUAUUAACGGAGAGAGAAAUAAGAUCUAUCAGACGAUACUUGUUCCGUUGAUCAAUUCAUUGUUUUGCUUUUUUGUCUUUUUGUGGAAGUUGUUCACCAAAAGAAAAAAACACAUCGGAGGGGAGAGAGUUAGAUACUCAAAAGGUUUUGAGUGGAGUGUCACAGGAAGUAGGACCGUGAUGGACAAUCACAGGGGAAGGUAUCGAUGGAUGAUCGGGUGGUCCACAGUUCAACCACAGUAACAACAGUAAUGUAUUUAAAAACCUCACACUCCAAUUUAGCUCCAAUCGUUGCCUUCAUCGCCAAAAUAAAAUAAAAACAGACAUCGUUCAGUUCAUCACUAUCGAUGUAUUUUAAUAGUAUUGUCUGCCUUCAGCUGUGUGAUGUGCGGUUGAAGGGGUGGGACUUUUAACUUCAUCCAGUCACAGCCUUUAUAGGGAGGGGCCCCUCUACUGUAUCACCUGACCUACAUUGCCACUUUAAUUGAGCGAUCUAUAGGUGCAGUGCAAUCUAAACUAGCUAAAUGUUUUGUGGUGCCUAAAAAGUACGAGUGUGUUUUUUGAAUAUCUUGUUUUUUUUGUAUCAUGCUGUUUUCAUAACGAGGAUAGAUUAUGAUUGUAUGCUUGAGGAAAUGAUGCCCGCUGUGCAGGUUUUUCUGCAUUUUUUUUUUUUUGGGGACAAAUUCCAUAUUUUUUCCAGCCUGUCAAUAACCGGUUGCCUGGAAUAGUUUGGUAGUGGUGGUGGUGGUGGUGUAGCCGGCACCUCUGUGGUUCUCUUUGCUCUUCACUCACUUCUUGCUUUUGUCUUCACUCCUGAGAGCACUUGUUUCCCUUCUGUAAUUUGGGUGUGCGAGAAAGAGAUUACAUUUCUACUCCGAGUCAAUAACACAAUGAGAGAUCACUGUCGUGAAAUGCAAAAAUCAAUCAGUCAGCUGCAUGGCCACUGAGGACUGUCACACACUUAGUUGUGUUCUUCGAAAUGGAGAAAAGAAAGCUCUAACAUUUGGAAAUCAAAUCCUGCAAACACAUCUCUUUUUUUAGAGACGGGUCAACAUUCGGACUUAAGCAUCUCACUUUAGAAGCUUUGGCCACUUGGAGAUGAGGAGGAACCAUCCAUAAUGAUGUAGCUGCCUCCAUCAAUAGCAUAGAAUCAUUUGUUGUUUUGUUUACCCCGACCAUUGUUUGCUCCAAACAUACACAACCGGUGCCUUUUGAAUGAGGAUUAUGUUUCGUCAGCGUGAUUAUUUGUGUCAAAUAAUCACAACAUUAGUAGCAUAAAAGCAUUAAAAUCCAAGGCAGUUCCUCCAGAAACCAUCACUCUAAACCAGGACACACUCAUGUCUACACAAAAUCUGCUUUGUUGCCACAAAUCCCUUGCCAUUGCGACUAAUUUUAUAAUGCGCUCAAGUUUGCCAAACCUAAUAAACCAAACCACACAAACUUAUGGAAACAGGCGGCAAUAUCAGGUAUCGGUUUCGAAUGAAAGUUCUGUGAUUUUUUUUCUCCCCCCCCCCCCCCCAGACAAUUUUGCCAGAUGACCCUUCGGCCUCGCCUGUGAGGUCAGGAUGUGUCGCGUGAGCCCGAGCUGGCACAGCAGACAGAAACGAGCCAUCGUAGAUUAAAGAUGUGGUGCUCCACCUGUUGAUGGGCACACCACCUCGCCAGAAGUGCACAUCUGUACACGUGUAUGAAUAAAAUAUUAAAGUGAA